AUGAGUUAUCUACUUAAAGCGUUAAGAUUUGAUUCCUUAGAAUUCCACUCUAAAUCCCUGGCCUACCUCAGGAAUGUCUUUCGACAACUGUACAGUAACAUACGACGAAGACAUCGCAGCCAUCCCAACGUCAGCGCUGUACUUGGGAAUGCUAAACUCGACCUUGAUGUCUUUUUCUUCUCGGCAGUUUGCAAUUUCAGCUCUGGAGGUGUUUCCCCCCUCUUAGAUUGCUUUUCUGCAAUUAGGGUGACUAUAAGUGCCUUCAUUCAAGUGAUCCAGCCACAAGUUAUUUUUCAGUAUUUUCGGAGGACCGUAAGAUCCAUUGCCGAGAUGGGUUUUUAUUCUGGAUUUUGCAUUUUGACCUUCCUGAUGACAUUCAUAUUAGAGUCUGGUGCACAGGAAAAGAAUUAUACCGUACGAGAAGAACUACCUGAAAAUGUCCUGAUAGGUGAUUUAGUCAAAGAUCUAAAUCUGACUUUUUCACCAGACAAAAAGCUAACCACCCCACUACAGUUUAAGUUAGUAUAUAAGAGUGGCGAUUUGCCAAUAGUAAAAAUAGAGGAAACGACCGGUGAGAUUUAUACUACCGGUGUACGCAUAGAUCGGGAAGAGUUAUGCACUGGCAUUUAUAUUGAGACCCACUGUUUUUACGAAGUGGAGGUAGCUGUUUUGCCCGAUGAAAUCUUUAAAUUAGUCAAGAUACGUUUUAUAAUUGAAGAUGUCAAUGAUAAUGCACCACUUUUUCCUGCAACUGUCAUCAAUAUUUCUAUUCCUGAGAACACCGCUAUCAAUUCACGCUAUCCGAUACCUUCAGCUAUUGAUCCUGAUAUUGGAAUCAAUGGAAUUCAACAAUACGAACUAAUUAAGAGCUUGGUUCCUGGCUUCAACGUGGGCCCCAACACCACGAAAUACUUAGAGGGUCUAGAUAUAUUUGGGCUCGAUGUCAUCGAAACACCUGAGGGAGAAAAAUGGCCCCAAUUAAUAGUCCAAAAGAUGCUAGAUCGAGAAGAAAGAGAUACAUAUGUGAUGAAACUAAAAGUCGAAGAUGGCGGCUCACCUCCAAGGUCCAGUACAGCCAUUCUUCAAGUAUCUGUGAUUGACAUGAAUGACAACCGUCCAAUCUUUAAGGAGACAGAAAUUGAAGUCACUAUACCUGAAAAUGCCCCUGUUGGCUCUUCGGUAUAUCAACUACAUGCCACAGAUGCCGACGUGGGUGCAAAUGCACGGAUUCAAUACUUCUUUAGCAAUCUUAUGAGCAAUGUUGCUCGGAAACUUUUUAGCCUCAAUAAUACUACAGGACUUAUUACUAUCAAGGAGCCCCUGGAUAGGGAGCAAGCACCUCUACACAAGUUAAUGAUUGUAGCCACUGAUGGCGGGCCAAUGCCAGCUAGGGCCAUGGUGAUAGUAAAUGUCACAGAUGUAAACGACAACCUCCCGCUAAUUGACGUCAGAUAUAUUAUCGAUACCACCAAUGGGACGGUGGUUUUGUCAGAAAAUGCUGCACUCAAUACCAAAAUUGCCCUCGUUACACUGAUAGAUAAAGAUGCUGACCGUAAUGGAAGAGUGACAUGUUUCACAACAAAUGAUGUCCCUUUCAGAUUAAGGCCAGUUUUUGACAAUCAAUUCCUGAUGGAGACUUCCUCUUUCCUAGACUAUGAGACUUCAAAAGAAUAUGAGAUAAAAUUGUUGGCUUCUGAUGCUGGCAAACCUCCUUUGAAUUAUAGUACUUCAGUCGUGAUCAAAAUCAAAGAUGAAAAUGAUAAUGCACCUAUUUUCACCCAGCCAACCUUUGGGGUUUCUGUCCCAGAGAACAAUGCUCCUGGUGCUCAGCUGACAAAAAUUAGUGCAACAGAUAGAGACAGUGGGAAGAAUGGAGAAAUCACUUACCUGAUAGCUAGUGAGGGCCCCUCCCCUUUCAGCCUGGAUAAUCGUACAGGCAUUCUGACAGCAGUGGAACAACUUGAUAGAGAAACAAAAGACAAAUACACCUUCACAGUCACUGCAAGGGACAAUGGGGAGCCUCACUUGCAGAGCAAUGCUACAGUGACUGUGACAGUUCUUGAUCAGAAUGACAACAGCCCCACUUUCACCCAUAGCGAGUACAACUUCUACGUCCCAGAAAACCUGCCCAAGCAUGGCACAGUGGGACUCAUCACUAUAACCGAUCCUGACGCUGGAGAUAAUGGAGUCAUCACUCUCACCAUUCUAAAUAACAAUGGUAGUUUUAUCAUUGAUGCAGUAAAUGGAGUCAUCCGACCCAAUAUCUCUUUUGACAGAGAGAAACAAGAGUCUUAUACUUUCGUAGUCGUAGCCACAGAUGGCGGUAGAGUGCCACGCUCUUCAUCUGCCAAGGUGACCAUAAAUGUGGUUGACAUUAAUGACAACAAACCAGUUUUCAUUCUUCCUCCUUCAAACUACACUUUCGAGUUUAUUCCACUAGCUACUGAAAUUGGCACACUUCUGUAUGUAGUGAUGGCUAUCGAUGAGGACACCGGCAUGAAUGCCGAAAUUCGUUACCAAAUUGAAGAUGGAAACAAGAAGAAAUUAUUUGAAAUGGAAGGAUCAUCAGGGAACAUAACCCUGAAAUCAAAAUUCGUUCCUGCAGACACAGGUCUACACAAGCUGUUGAUCAAAGCUAGGGACUUAGGACAACCUGACUCAAUGAAUAGCAAGAUACUUGUAAAUCUAUUCGUAAAUGACUCUCUUCACAAUUCUUCUUUCGUUGACGAACUACUUCGCCGAGCUCUGGGAAAAUCAAGAAACCGGGAGGUAGAGAAGACUGAUGUCGUGAACACCAUAAACAGUGACUAUAUCAAGUACAUCAUUGCCAUCAUUUCUGGUUCAAUGACUGCUGUCUUGACCAUUGUUAUCGCUGCUAUUUUACGUUGCCGCCAUUUUCCAGGCUUCAAAGGGAGAAAGCAGAAUUCAGAAUGGGUUACUCCAAAUCCAGCUAACAGUGAGACAAUAACACUGACCACCACUGAUAUUGGUGGCGCUAACAGCGUCAUCGUUAACCUCGUCUCCCUUGCCGAACCUAGGACUGAUGAUGCCGAGAAUGAGGAGGAGGUCACUACCUCCAUAGAUGUUGCUGUGGACAUUGAAGAAGCAACCAUGGAGAGGUACAAUUGGGGUACCAAUUCUUCUACUUUUAAGCCUGAUGGUCCUGAUUUGGCCCAACACUACAAGGCUACAUCUCCUCAGCCAACCUUCCACAUUGAGCCUGAGACCCCUGUGCAUUCAAAGCACCAUGUGAUCCAGGAGCUGCCUCUGGACAAUACUUUCGUGAUGGGCUGUGACUCUCUUUCCAAAUGUUCCUCCAGCAGCUCAGAUCCAUACAGCAUUUCUGACUGUAGCUGCCAGGGAACCAUCAAGACUACUGCCACCAUUCAUCCCCGACAGGCUGCCAAUGAGCUUGGGAUGACUGAUAUUCCACUGAAUGAUCCAAAUGUGAUCGCUAUUCGGACUUACCCUCUGCAUUUAAUGCCAGCUGCGAGACCACGCACCCCACUGCGAGAACCCGCUGUCCAGGAGACAGUGGUGGACAUCUGGGGUCCUCCUGAGAGGAAACCAGAGCCGAAAAAGCCAGGAAAGGCUCAACGCCGUGUGACUUUCCACCUCCCCGAAAGCUCUCAGGAGAGCAGCAGUGACAAUGGACCUAUUGAUGUGGAAGCAGGUGCCGUUGGUGGUGCUAGGCCAUUUGGCUAUGGACGGAGAGAAUACUAUGACCAUGCUACCCACAGCAACCGCACUGAAGGAGAUGGCAACUCUGACCCGGAAACUGCUUGCAUUAAUGGACUCAGGAAAGCUGCCGAAGUAACCGUGCAGCCCACCCUCGAAGAAGCCUCUGACAACUGCACCCAAGAAUGCUUUAUUCUUGGCCAUUCUGACUCCUGCUGGAUGCCUGCUGCGCUGCCCCAGUAUCAGCAGCCGCGGUCUCCGGAGCCUCCUGCCGUGAUUCGCCACAGCCCUCCGGCUUCACAUCUGAUCACAACCACAGUGUUAUGUCAUAAUCCUCCCCAGCCCCAGGCUGCUGCCAUUUGCCCCAGUCCUCCUCAGGCACAGAGGCUAGAAUUGGGGCAUGGUGCAAGGCCUGAAGAAAGGGGCGCUACAGGGGGACUCUUUGCACAGGAUGACUCUCUUCAGGGCCGGAGAAGCGGUCCCAGAGGCCUGUUUUGCACAGCUGAGCACGAUAACUCAAUCAAAGUAAUUCCUAUGAUGACCUUCCCUCCUGGCCGGGCUCGACGGGAGUUUCCUAAAGUUGAAGAGAAUCCCAUGUAA